GUAGGCACUAUCAUUAUCGACCAGAAUACAUUAGCAUGGCUUAAGAGCAGAGUUCACAAAGUCAAUGUGUAGGUACAUAAUGUCGAUUCCAUUGGCUAAAAUACACGUUCAAAGCAACCAAUCAAACAUCGUGACCAUGAGUACACUUUCCGAUGUUCGGACUUUGGCGAGCGUUCGUAUGGUGGUAGUGUUUGAUUGGUUGCUUUGAAAGGUGCAACGCAUUUCAACCAAUGAAAUCGCGGGACACUUGACUGUCAACAACGGCAGAGGCGCAAACCUGAUGGCACAAUCACUUCUCGUAUUUGGAUGGCAAUCGACACUUCCGCGUUGAUGGACGUCGUCCGCGCCAAUGCGCCAGUUCUCGCCGGAGCCAUCUCUGGUGUGGCGACUGCAACCAUCUCCAACCCUCUGGACGUUGCCAAGACACGCAUUCAAGUGCAGGGUACGUCCUUCCACGACACACUCGCGCGUGGCAUAUUGACGACAGUUCUUAGGUGGAAUCAUGACCGAGGCCAAGUACACUGGAAUCUUUCGAUCCGUGCGCACCAUUUACGUCGAAGAAGGGAUCCGAGGCAUGUAUCGAGGGUAUUCUGCCGCACUGUGCAGCUUUCCCGUGUACUGGUCGCUGUACUUUCCAACCUACGAGUUUGUCAAGGUACAACUGAGUAACACAUCGUUGGAUCAGUAUCCAGUCGCUGUCCAAGGGUUGUCGGCCACCAUCACAGGCACCGCCGUGGACGUCGUGACGUACCCUCUCUGGUUCCUUCGAACCCGCAUGCACACGCAGCAUUUGCAUCAAAUCACAUCCGCAUCGCACGCACGAGACGGCUAUUCGACUCUCCGCAGCACGGUCGGUACCAUUUUCCAGCGUGAAGGGCCCGGCGCGUUCUUCAAAGGGCUGUCGGCGUCCUGCUUUGGGAUUUUGAGCUAUGGGAUUCAAUUUCCUGUAUACGAGUACCUCAAGCAUCAAGUUGCAAUCGACCCCGACACACAAAAGCCAUCUGCGAGCGGAGUCGUCCUGGCCGCGAUUGUGUCCAAGGCGAUAGCUGCGUCCUUCUCGUACCCAGGGGAUGUCGUUCGCACGCGCAUGCAAGACCAAAUGGGGAAGAGUACGUACAAGCACUUUCUCGACGCCAUGGUGCAGAUCGCACGGAAGGAAGGCGUGGGGUCUUUGUACGCUGGAUUCCGCGUCAACAUCUUCCGCAUCCUGCCUCAAUGCGCCACUACGUUCUUCGUCUACGAGCACGUCAAGGCUUCCAUCGAACCGCCGCGGGACGACGAGCCGAGGCUGCCCUUCCGCCGCUUCUCCACCCAGAAACCCCUGCUGCAGUAAUCACGAUAAUGCUCCAAAUUCAAAAAUGACUCUGUUCGCG